GUCUCUCUCCUCUUCUCCUUACAGCCUUAAGGGAAUUAAAUUCUAACUUCGCUGAAUAUAUACAGCCGAUUCUAACUGAUCUCAGUCAGCUUGCCCUUGGCGUGUCACUGUGAGAGAGAUCGCCAUGGCAGGCACUCCUGUUCCGCUCUGCGCUCUGCUCUGGAUUAUUGCAGCGGUACAGUGUAAAAUUCCAGACGUGCGUGUGACCUGCCUCUUCUCCGAGGACUGCCUGCUGCCCUGCGCCUUCAAGCCCUCAGGGGAGGAGCUGAUUCGCUGGUCCAGGCAGGAGGUCCCGGUGCACGGCUUCCAGCGGGGUGCUGACCUGCUGGAGCGGCAGGACCCGCACUUCCAGGGCCGGACGGCUCUGUUCCCCGAGCAGGUCACCCUCGGCAACGCCUCCCUCCUGCUGAGGCUGUGUAACACGCAGGACAGGGGCCGCUACAGGUGCCACGUCCACACCGCGCAGGGCGACCAGGACGCCUUCGUCAUCGUCAAGGUGGAAGCUCCUGUCCGCUCUCUGACUCUGAAGAUGAACAGGCUGAGUGGUUACGAGGAGGUGAGCUGCUCGUCCCGGGACGUCUACCCUGCCCCACACGUGUGGUGGUCCACUGACCCCCCCGCACCCCCAGAUGCCCUGAAACCCACCACACGCAAGAUGCCCGAGAAGAACGGCCUGUAUUCUGUGGAGAGCAAGCUGAGGAGACCGGGAGGCCUCUCUGACUACACCUACUUCUGCACCGUCAACUCCUCCUACGACACACAGAGCUGGAGAGCCUCGCUGAGGGAAAGAGAGAUUGUCAGUGAGGAGGGCCGAGAGCUCACCAUCCCGUGCCUCGCUCCCAGCGGCCUCCAAAACUUCACCCUCACCUGGACCUUCACCAGGGCGGACGAGCCCACACUCAUCCUCGCCUUCCACAGCCAGACCCAGCUCACCUCUAACCGCUGGGCGGGGCGUGCCCGGGUGGACCCGGACCGCGCCCGGGCAGGAGACGGGUCGCUGCGCAUCCAGGGCCCUCAGAGCGCGGAACACGCGGGGACAUACACCUGCGUGUUCUCCGGCCCUCGGAGCCGCCACGUGGUCCACACCUGCGUCAACAUCACCGCUGCGGCAGUUGGCAGGUCUCUGAUGGACGGGCCCUCGAGGCUGUGGAUCGUUGCCGUGGUGAUCGCCGCUCUGGUUCUCCUUGUGGCUGCCCUGGCGCUGUGCGGUAGAGUCAGAGGUGAGCACUCAGCAGCCGGGAAACCCACUGAGGAAGCCACAGAGCUGGAGGCAGUGGAAACCGCAAAGGAUAAAGCAGAAAAUGGAACCCCAUCAGAGAGAAGUCAUUUAACCAGAGAGCAUAACGAGGAGCACACUUAAGCAAGAGGGUGCGAGAGGCUCCACUGGACUCACGGCUGACAGCACCGAGCCGCACGCAACACACACACACACACACACACAGACAGACUGGAGGCUUCACUCACACAGAGGCUCCAAGCAGUGACCCUGGAUCAGUUUUGGCCUCUUUCAUGUAAUGGUAGAGGUUAGGAUUAGGAUUAGGCAAGCUGACUCUGGCUCAGCUGUUGGGCACAGAAGACACCCCAAAGAAUUACAGUGGACACAAAGUGCCUUGUGGUGUGUUUUGGGAAUGAACCAACAGGAAGUUCUCCUGGGUCAAGUGACUUGGGUGGGAGCUGUUCUCUGAGGCCAAGACUAGGAUGCCCUUCCUCUUGUUUUGAUGAUGUCAUAUCCUGUGCUGGACUCCCGGGUGUUUUCAAAAAGAGGCUGGAGGAGAGAAAGGCACAAGGUGUCAGAGGUAAAACUGAGGCAGGCCCGCUGACAGAGAUCAAGCAAGACCUGUUCCUGCCAGCAGAGGGCCUUCUCUGACCUACACAUUUUCCUCUCAGCAUAUCUAAUCACACUGUCCACAGAUCCCUCCCUCCAGCUGCCUUCCACACCACUGACUCAUGUCUGACCCCGAGAACCUACACAUCUCAGGGCUCUGAUUGGUCGCUUUGGUCUUCAGUGCCUGUGAAGGCUGAUGUGGUUUCGCAUUCUGAGAGGGUUUUUGUAUGCAGUCACGGCAGUAACAGGAACAUCAGGUCAGUUAUGACUGAAACAGGCUAUCACAGACACCACCAGGCAGUCCUGGAAUGCUCACGAGUGUUUCACACAGAAAUCUAUUUGUGCUGCAUAAUAAGCAAUACCAUUAAGUUUGCAUUGCUAAAUUUGAUUGUGUCAGUUUGUAUUACAGUUUUUCUCAGUAGAUGUGAUACAUUUCUGUAAACUGAAGUCCAUAUUCUCAAAACAGAUGAACUAAUUGCACAUUUUUAUUACUUUUACACAAAUUGCAAAACUAGACACACUUUUUCCCAAGCACCUCCAACAGUUCAAUAGCUCAAAAUUCAGGUCAAUUUGGCUCGAUGUCACGUUUUAAUGUCACAUGCUCAGUUCUCAUCAUAUUCAUGGCAGCUGAGUUAAUCAGCUGGUCAGCUCAGAUAUGCUGUGCUAACUCCUUGUUCACCAGCCAGUCAGCACAUUACGAUGUAUGAUUAUUCACCACAGUCAUGUGUUUCGUGUAGGUCUUCUUUUAAAGUAAAUUCUGAUGGCAUUAUUUGGGGUUCAUUUUGCAGCAACGUGUCCAAACAGGAAACCUGCAGUGCAAGAUAAGGAAUA